AAUGUGGCGCAGGGAACGCUGAGGAGCAUUACUACAGAAGAUACUUUGAGAUCUGGAAUACUAGGGAAUCUGGUAUUCCAGAUCCUCUCCCUCAAUGGACUGGCCGCCGGGCGCUGCUUUCGCUUCCGCAGGGCUCGCUGGUCCUUCCCUGUCCGGCAGAUGCUCACCGUGGACCCGAACAGGCCCGCCGCUUUCCGGGGCUGAAGCACCCCGCAGAAGAACGGCCGGUCGCCGCGCGUCACGUGACCUCGCAGGGAGUUGACGUGACACAAACGGGUUCUGUCGCGCGCACCCUGGGACGGCCCGGCCCGGCCGGGCGGAAAGAACGGUUCAAGACUGCCCGGUAACUUCCGACCGGCGCUAAAAGGAGGAGAUGAACUCGACGGGAAAACCUCCCCAGUCACCAGCCAACCGCGCAGCCCCAGCACCGUUACCCGCCAAUUAGCCUUGUCUCGACGACGGCGGCGGCGACGACUUCCGGCACACUCUGCUUUUCAGGUGGCGUCAUCCUGACUGGAUGCGUGCACGCGCGUGCUAGCGAGAGCACGAUCGGCAGGGAGCGCGCGCGGCGGCGGGAGAGGGCGAGACGGAGAGCAGGGGAUCGCGGUGAUUGCGGAGCCAGGGGGAUUUUAUUGCUGGAACCUGCUCCUCCAGAUAAAAAGGAUCGUUUACGGACGGUGAGAGGAUUGGGCGUACUAGCGGAAAGAAGGUGCCGCUCCGAUAAGCCUGACCUGCUGAGUAUUUCCAACAUUUUCUAUUUACCUUGGAUAGUUAACAUCACCCAAAGUAAAGAAUAUUAAAAGAAGCCAACUUCUUGUCCACCUUUUCUCCUAAUCUGAUAUCCAAAACCAUAUACAUUUUCAACUGGAGAGCUGAGGAAACUAACAACUGCAGAAAUGACCGUCCAUGGAGUUACAAUUCCAGUCUUUGGAGCAUACAUACUACUGAUCCUACAGAUUCAAGGUCAGAAUCCUGACAACAUGUUAAUGGGAACAGGCAUGAAGACAAAUGGUGUUACAGUGGCACCUGAAGAUGCAGAGCCAAGGCUUCAUUGUUAUUGUUCAGGUCACUGUGCAACUGAGGAAGGCAACAACACAUGCAAAACAAAUGGAAAUUGCUUUGCCAUCAUUGAAGAGGAUGAAAAUGGAGAAAUUACCCUUGGUUCUGGCUGCAUGAGGUUAGAAGGAGCAGAUUUCCAGUGCAAGGAUUCAACAAAAGUAAGGAAACGGAGAACAAUUGAAUGCUGCAAGACGGAUUUUUGUAACAAGGAUUUACGUCCAACACUUGUACCAAUUCCUAAUACAGGUAGACUAUUUGAAGGUGAUGUCCAUCGGUUAGGCCUGUUAAUCUCUCUGAUAGUCUGCAUCGUUGUGUUGAUUGUAAUCACAACUGCUUUCUACUUCAGGUACAAAGGGCAAGCAGGUAGACGGCGUUACAACAGAGAUCUUGAGCAGGACAUGGCCUUUAUUCCACCAGGCGAGUCAUUGAAAGACUUAAUUGACCAGUCACAGAGCUCCGGAAGUGGAUCUGGACUCCCUCUACUGGUGCAACGUACAAUUGCAAAACAGAUUCAAAUGGUUCGACUAGUGGGUAAAGGCCGCUAUGGUGAGGUAUGGAUGGGGAGAUGGCGUGGUGAAAAGGUGGCAGUAAAGGUGUUCCCUUCUGCAGAAGAAGCCAGCUGGUUUCGUGAGACUGAGAUUUACCAGACUGUUCUAAUGCGACAUGAAAGUAUUUUGGGAUUUAUUGCUGCAGACAUUGAAAGCAAAGGUUCUUCAACAUGGCUGUACCUGAUUACAGAUUACCAUGAGAGUGGCUCGCUGUACGACUAUUUGAAGUGCACAGUUCUCGAUACCAAAGCUCUACUAAAGUUGGCUUACUCUACUGCCAGCGGCCUCUGUCACCUCCAUACAGAAAUCUAUGGUACGCAAGGCAAGCCUGCUAUUGCACAUCGUGACUUAAAGAGCAAAAACAUCCUGGUGAAAAAGAAUGGAACAUGCACUAUUGCUGACCUUGGCCUAACUGUGAAAUUCAACAGUGACACAAAUGAAGUUGAUAUCCCACUGAAUACCCGAGUGGGAACUAAACGAUACAUGGCACCAGAAGUGCUAGAUGAGAGCCUCAACAAGAACCAAUUCCAGGCUUAUUUGAUGGCAGAUAUAUACAGUUUUGGCUUAGUGAUUUGGGAAAUGUCACGUCGUUGUCUCACAGGAGGUAUUGUAGAGGAUUACCAGUUGCCAUAUUAUGAUAUGGUGCCAAACGACCCCUCUUAUGAAGAUAUGAGGGAGGUGGUGUGUGUUAAAUGCCUCCGUCCAACAGUUUCUAACAGGUGGAACAGUGAUGAGUGUUUAAGAGCAGUCCUGAAGUUGAUGUCAGAAUGUUGGGCCCAUAAUCCUGCCUCUCGGUUGACAGCACUAAGAGUGAAGAAAACACUUGCCAAAAUGGUGGAAUCUCAAGACAUCAAGAUCUGAUCAAGCCU